AAAACGAUGCCCUUUUAGAGACACCUUUCAUUGAUAUUUCAACGAAAGAAAUCCUUAUCCGACAUAAGAAUUGAUGUAACCAGAACUACCAUAUGAUAUUGUGAGAGGAGACACCAUGACCUCAUCAGUUCUUGAUGCCUUAUGGGAGGACAGGGAUGUCCGAUUUGAUAUUAAUCCAAGUCAAAUGAACAUGCGCCCGGGAGAGAGCAUCAUAGACAAGCUAGAUUCUAUAGAGGACACCAAAGGGAACAAUGGAGAUCGAGGGCGUUUGUUGGUCACCAACCUGAGAGUAAUCUGGCAUUCAACGUCACUACCAAGAGUGAAUCUCUCUGUUGGGUUGAAUUGUAUUCUUAGCAUCACAGUGAGAACGGCCAACUCAAAAAUAAGAGGACCCACGGAAGCAUUGUACCUGCUCACAAAGUGCAACAACACAAGAUUUGAGUUCAUCUUUACCAAUCUAGUGCCGGGAUCACCAAGACUCUUCACCACAGUUAUAUCUGUACAUAGGGCGUAUGAGACGUCUAAGCUCUAUCGUGACGUGAAGCUCCGCGGUGCGAUCAUCUCUAAUAAGUCCUUGAGAAUGCUGCCGUUGGAACAGGUCUACGACAAGGUGGGCGGGGUCUGGAACCUCUCCAGUGACCAGGGCAACCUUGGUACAUUCUACAUUACUAAUGUCAGGCUAGUAUGGCAUGCUGUGAUGAAUGAAGCCUUCAAUGUUAGUGUCCCAUACCUACAGAUGAGAACUGUCAAGAUAAGAGAUUCUAAGUUUGGACUGGCUCUGGUGGUAGAAUCUUCAGUACAGAGCGGAGGCUACGUACUUGGUUUCCGUUUGGACCCGGCAGAAAAGCUGCAGGAGAUCGUCAAGGAGAUCCAGUCCCUUCAUCGGGUCUACAGCACGAACCCUAUCCUCGGUGUGGAGUUCGAGGUCGACGAUGUCCCUGCCGCAGCAGAGGAGCUGGUGGUUGAGAACGUGCAGGAUGACAUUGAUAUCGUCAACGAGGAUGAACAAUCGGAUGCCUUUGCGGCCUACUUUGCCGACGGGGACAAGCAGAAGGAUCGACCACCGGUCUUCUCCGAGGAACUGGGCCUUGCCAUCGAGAAACUCAAGGAUGGAUUCACGUUAUCAAACUUAUGGGAAGUGGUGGAUCACAAAUAAGGGACCAGGGGCCCGUCUUACAAAGAGUUACUAUUGAUCAUAUCCGAUCUCAUGUAUAUGGAAAUCCAUCAGUGUCAUAAUUUUUUCUUUAGGAAAUUUGCACAAUGUACUUGGUGAACAAAGAGAAGCACACUGAAUUGUCAACAAAAUAUUUUGAAUGUAUGAAUAUACAUCAUACAUAUAUAUAGAAAAUAUUUUGAACAAUCUUUUUUUUUAGAUGUUUACUUUGCUGGCCUUCCAUAGUUGUGGUUGAUUGGAUCAAUCGUAACUCUUUUUAAGACGGGGCCCAGGCGGGUGUUUCAUAAAGCUACUCGUAAGUUUAAGACUGACUUUAACAACGACUGGUGAUUCUUUCUUGCAGUGAAUGGUAUACACCGAAAUGUUCAUUGGCGGUGGUGUAGCGUGUAAGAACGGUUGACCAGUCAUUCUUUAAGUCACUCUUAACUUACAAAUAGCUUUAUGAAAUACCCCUGGGGGGGGGUGUUGCAAGAAAAUAUUUGCAAUCAAUUGCAAAUUUGAGAUGCAAGUGACUUGCAAGUGAUAAGAUCAAUUUUAACUGAAGCAAAUCAAUAUAAACUUGUUGAUGCAAGAAGCAGAUUAUCAAUCUAUUGUAAAUUUGCAAAGAAAAAAAAAACCAUGAUUUUUUAUUUAUUUUAAGCCAUAAAAUUGACUUGCGAUCAAGUGUACAGGUCCCGUUUGGGUGUGCGGCUUAAAGCUGAUCUCAAGGUAGUUUCAGAAAGUAAUGAUUUCAUGAGAGAAGUCUUUAAAAUCAAGCCUUGAAGGUCAAUUGCCACCAUAUUGAAGAUCUAGGUCUAGUACAUUCAUGUAGAGCCCAAUUUUGUGAAACCAUGAAAUCCAAGCUGAAAGGCAAGCACAUUGAAGGUUGCGAACACGGAUAAGCACAUGCAGGACCAUAUUUUUAUUGCUUGGAAAAAUAUCCUAUACCCAAUAGGAAUAUCUUGCCUAUUUUGGUUGUUUCUCAGCAAUUCCAGAUUCUCUACCAAAUUCACAUGGCACAUAUUUUGUAUUCAUGCACUUUCAGUGCCAUUUCAAUGGAUUCUGUUGAACUCAUGUUUAGAUUGUGUAUACCACAAAUGGCAUUUGUGUUGAAAUCAUGUAUUCACAAUGAUCAUCAUUACUGCCUUAAUUACUGGAGCAAGAGGCACAAUAGCACCCACAAUGCAGUAGAAAUAUAUGCCUGAUUGAUCAAUUUUGGUCACAAGUUCGUACAUACAUACAUACACCCACCAUGAAUCAUUCUAUGUAGUGGGCAAUUUAAAGUUUAGUGUUAAUAUCUGGUGUUGAUGUUGGGCACAACAAACACCAGUCACAACACUAGACCUGAAAUUAAGAUGUAUCUGUGAUUCACACCACGAGGAGUGGAGCUAUCAGUUGGAUGAUUGGUGUUGAAAUCCUACCUCCAGUGUUUAAGCUACAUGUAGCAGCCCGAGUCAUGCUCAAAACACCCAACACUAGGAACUUGAAAUAACCCAGUGUUAAUAAGAUCAUAUCAUAUUGCUUAGGGCACAGCCAAGUGUGAUUUGAAACUAAAGAGGGCAGUAUAUAAAACUCCCAGCUCAUGUCAUUGAGAUGCCAUGUUGAUAACAAAACAUCUUGAGCAAAGUCAUGACAAACAAGGAAGAAAGGCAAGAAAAUUAUGUUCAUUAAAGGGAAGUUCACCCUGCCGAAAUCUUGGAACUCGCUCGUGACAACAAAAAGUCUACGAUCAUUCCUCGUCACCUUCAGCUCUGUACACAACGAUGAGGAACUGAACAAACUCUUGGGUGGUUUGACAGUCGCACAAGGUGGUGUACUGCCAAACAUCCAAGCUGUGUUGCUUCCAAAGAAGACUGCAAAUGAUGAAUUGGUUUUGAUUUAAAGCAGAAAAAAUAGAGACAAAAUAUUGGUGAAGGUUUGAUGAAAAUCCAUCAAAAAUAAGGAAGUUGUGAAUUUUUAAAGUUUUAAACUUUUUGACGCCAUGUGCUUGCGGCUUCCCCAUAUUUUUUUUAUUGGAAUAUGAUGAAUAUGAAUAUAUUUCUUAUUAAAAGGGGUAUGAAGUGAUGUGUCUGAUCACACAAAUUAACUCAAAUUUGUUAGAAAAUGGUAUGUAUGGGAAUUUAUAGCACACAGUAUAGUAAGGCCUGCUCAUCUGUGAUGUCACAAAAUCAAAACUUAACCAUUUCAUAACUCAUCUUCUUUGGCAAAUUUUAAUCAAACUUUUUUUUCUGGGUUAAAAAAAAUUAAAACCUAGUUAAUUCAGGGUGAACUUCCCCUUCAUCCAUUACAAUAUGAAUGGAUGUAAAAUCAUGUUUUAAAUAGUAUUCAAAUGUACAUGUAAAUAUAUUCUAUUUCUGCACCUUGAUCGGUAAUUCAUGUAAAUUUGAUUUAUUUAUUGUAUCUUAAUGUAUGGCUAGCAUGUGUGUAUAUUUCUGUACAUAUGUAUAUUGUGAAAGAGCUAUUGUAGAUUAAAUUCGACAGAAGUCAGUUUCAGUAUACUUAA